UAAAAAAUAGAGGAUUGUUAGUUUUUUUUUAACUUGUUUAAAUGGAUAAUAUUGCUUUUCAACGAAAUGCUGUGUGCUGCUGUUGUUGGAAAAUGUUUGGAGCCAGGUCUAAAUCUUUAAUUAGUGUAAAUUCAACGGUAGAAGAACUGAUGAAGUUGUUUGUUUAUCCAGGAUAUUCUCUGGAUGUGUGCAGCUAUCCUAAUGUUAUAUGUUCUGGAUGUCAGAGAAAUCUCUACCUACUAAAAGCUGGAAAACCUCCUCGAGGUUCAUGGGGAGAAAAGAUUGCCAAAGUAUGUAAAACCCAUUGAUGAUUACAGUUGGAUGUCCUGAUAACAAAGCAAAUAGAAGGUCAGUUAAACAAGUAUCUCUUCAGAUGAUUAAAGAACUUCAAAUAGUUUUAGAACUUUCCCUUAAUAAAACGGGGCUAUUGAUAUCUACUCUUCGAAAAAGAAUGGGAAGUAAGUUGGCUGUAGAAAACAACAUUUUUGGAAAAAUGAGUGACUUAGAAGAGUCUUUAUCGUAUUUUUAUCAAGUAGAAAAGGUCAACUUCUUUGAUAGUACCGGUGGCACUUCUAUAAAAGACCUUGUUUUUGUUCAAGACACGUCUAGUUUUAUUCUUGAUUUAAUUAUUCAACGUUGUCUUGAUCCCCAGUCAGCAUUUGUUCGUAUUUCUAUGGAUGCAGGAGGUGGUUUCAUGAAGGUCAUUGUAAAUGUUUUCGAUGUUAAUGAAAAUACUACUUCAAAUUUAUACUUAAAUAGUGGUGUUCAACGAUGCCAAAUCCUCUCCAUAGUUGAAGAUGUGCAAGAAUCUAACUUCAAUUUAAGAAUAAUUUUAAAGAAACUCAAUUUACAAGAUGUUAAGUUUUCAGCAGCUUUUGAUUUGAAAUGUGCUAAUGCAGUUUUUGGAAUAUCAAGCCAUGCAGGUAAAAAAGCUUGUCUUUGGUGUGAAGGAGACUCAAGUGAAGUUCGUGGUAAACUGCGAACACUUGGAAGCCUUGACUAUUGGUAUCAAAGAUACACUGUAGAAAAUAGUUCAAAGAAGUCUAAUAUGCAACAUUUUAUGAAUGUAAUAUAUCCAAGAAUUCUCUACCUCGAUGAAGAUCCAGAUACACUAAUCCAACAUUUAGUACCUCCCCCUGAAUUACAUAUCCUGAUAGGAAUAGUAACAACACUGGGGUGUUUAUUAUUGGAUCUUUGGCCAGGUUUUGAUAUUUUUUUGAAAAAUAGUGGUGUUCUACAAAGAGGAUAUCAAGGUAGAGGUUGGGAUGGGAAUAAUUCAAACCAGAUACUAAAGUGUGUUGAUGAGUUGGAAAGAGUUGUUUUGUAUGAAUAUCCUGAUCUUCUGCCAAUUGUUCAAUGUUUAAAAGACUUGAAGAUUGUUAAAGACUCUUGCUUUGGUAGAACACUUGAGCUUGGGCAUCAGCAAGCCAUUCUAAAAUUUAAGAACUCCUUUUUAUCUGCUCAAGAAAUUGCAGAUAUUCUCGGAAAAAAACUUUCAAUUAGUUGGAAAGUACAUAUACUUUUGUGUCAUGUGCAACCUUUUGUUGAACAUCACAAAUGUGGUUUGUCUAAGUUUGCUGAACAAUGUGGAGAAUCAGUUCACUCAAAAUUCAAACCAACGUGGAACAGGUUCAAACGACAAGUUGCAAACAGAAUAUGGUGGAAGACUCCUCUCUUCUGUUAUUGAUUUUAACGGAAGAAGAGUUAGUAAUGUUUAGGUGCUUUAUGUUCCAUAUGUCAGUAGUAUUUGUAAAUAUUAGUCAUUUUAUUGUUUUAAAUUUUAUUCAAUUCAUUUAAAUUAAAAAAUAAAGAUUGAUAAAU